AUGUGCUUCAACAGUAGUGAGCACAUAUGUGCCCAAGGGGAUGCAUGUCUGGUUGGUAAGAGGCACGCGCCUGUUUGUUUUUUCAGGGAGGAGCUGAUGUUGAUCAGAAUCUGGCUGUUUCAGGAGCGGCACAGCCAGGCGGAGAAAGCACUAAAGCAGUGCUCAUUUGCUCCAAAGACUGGACGCGGCCCUGAGAAUGAAGAUGCAAGGAAGAAAUUGCCAGUGACUGAAAGACUGUACCAUGCGUUUGAUGAUAGGGGGGCAGUCAGGGCCAAAUUGAGGAUGGAGCAGGAGCAGUCCAGAGUUAAGCAGUGCACGUUCAAGCCAGCAACAAAUACCCAAUGUGUGAAGCUUGAUGGCUACACGCCCAUCCAAGACCGUGUGCCAGAAUUGCAGCAGAAGAAAAAAGAAAAGCUGCUCAUGCACAAACUUGGGCAGGCCGCCGACCCAAAUAUGACUUUCGCCCCUGCGCUCAACAGCAAGUCAAUCCAGUUGGCUCAGGAAAAGGGACAAAGGGGAAUCCAGGAUGAGGGCCCAGGAACUAGAUGCUCAGACUGCGCAAAUGGGAGGCUCAAGUGA